CAAUUUGUUAGUCGUUCUCGUUUUCCAUUCCGUUCCAUGCUUUUUCACAAGUUUUUAUAUCAUUAAUCUAAAUUUUAUAAUUACCCUUACUUACUACAACAAAUCUCCACGAUGCCAAACGUAGAGCUUGGAUUCCUAGAGCAUUGCGAAGAAAGUUGGAAACUAGAAAGUCCAUUAUUUCCCAGCAAGGUAGGUGGAAAACCAGCCUGGUUAAGUUUGAAACCUUUACCCAACGGAGAAGAAGACCUAACGUGCAAUAAAUGCCAGAAAACCCUUAUUUUCUUGUGUCAAUUGUAUGCCCCUUAUGAACCCGAAACCACAGACCCAGAAAACCUCGACAACAAUUUUCAUCGCACAAUUUUCGUAUUUGUUUGUCGCACUUCGAGUUGCCAAACUGUGAAAGUACUACGCAGUUCACUACCAAGAGAUAAUGAUUUUUAUUCAUCAGAACCACCUGUGGAAAAGCCAGAUCCAGAUUUUCUCACAAAGUGGGUUGAGGUGUGCAAUUCAUGUGGAAUUAAGGCGAAUAAACGUUGUGGUCAAUGCAAAAUGGUUUGGUAUUGUUGCAAGGACCAUCAACUGAUUCACUGGAGGAAUGGGCACAAGAAUCAAUGUUCCAAAGGCCAGACACAAUUGAAGACUGACGCUGGAAUUUUGUUUCCUGAAUGGGAGCUGAUAACUGAAACCGAGGAAAGGGAAACUGAGGAUGUUGAUGAAAGAGAAGCGAUGGCAGAAUAUGAAAAACUGAAAGCUGAAGGUAAAACAGGAACACUAGAAGAAGUUUCCGAGUCGGAUUUAGAUGCCCACGCCUCCCUGGACAUGGAUAAAGUUUUUGCGAAAUUCAAAAAACGAAUUGAAGACUACCCGGACCAAGUAAUAAGGUACAGCCGUGGCGGUGAGCCACUUCUAAUAGCAAAAGAACCUUUACCAUUAAACAUACCAAAAUGUAAACAUUGUGGCACCAAAAGGCAAUUUGAAUUUCAAAUUAUGCCGCAGAUGCUAUCGGUUCUAAAAGAAAAUAUUAUUGAUUGGGGCGUUUUGUUAAUUUAUACUUGUAAAAAAAGUUGCAUAGGUGAAUCGAUUAAUGAAUAUAAAGAGGAAUAUGUUUUCAGGCAAGACUUAACUAGUGAUUCUGACCAUAUUAAAUAAAAUAAUUCAGUAUAGGUGUAAGGAUCAAGAUGUUUCAAAUUAAACUGAUUCAUUCAAAAAGUUGGCACUAAAUAAAAAAACUAUCAAGCUUCAAAAUCGUUUUUCAUUAGGAUACAUUUUAUAACAAACUUAUUACAUAUUUUCUCUAAUCCAAUCAACAUAGGAUGUAACCCUUGCAAAAGCUGGCGGCCACCCCACUUCACAACCUGCAGCAGUUCCAAAAGAAACAACUCCAACCUGCAAAUUAAUGUUAAGCAGAUUUUAGUCACGGUAGUCAAAUAUCUUACCACUUGUCCAUCAAUAACAAGAGCUCCACCAGAAUCUCCUCUGCAGGUGCUCCUUCUUUCUUCUCCUGACAUACAAAUAUGUGUUCUUUGCACCGCACCCAUAUAUGCUAACCGACAAGCCACACUGCUUAUAAUUUUAGAUGUGACUUCUCUUAAAACCGAUGAACCUGAUGUAUGACCAUCACCUGGAAGUCCCCAGCCACUCACUAAAGCUUCUCUUCCCACAUAAAUGUUUGUAGUAUUAGUUGGUAA